AUGGGUACUUGUUGCCCUGGUCUACAUCCUUACGUCAUUGGUCUGUGUAGUCAAACAGCUGCGUUUCCUCACCAAAGUAAAUUACCAUUGGCCAGAAUGGAAAGCCGAGGCACAACCACCUGUAGCUUUAUCCUUACCCACAAAAGCAUGAAAAUGAAGAUACAAAACCAAGGACACUCGAGUAGUCUUCGUCGUCGUCUUCUUUCUUUUAUAAAAGGGAACGGAGCAGGGAAACAGCUUAGGUCUCAGCAACCAAUCUAAAUUCUAAUCCUGCAUACGCUUGAUCUUCUUCGCUUUCUCUGAUUAGAAUCUUUUAAGGGAUCCACCGGAAAACCAUGCCGGAUUCCGGUGGUGGUUGCUGCAGGUGCUGUUGCAGCUUCAUAUUCACUCUAGGCCUAACAGCUCUGUUCAUGUGGCUAAGCCUGCGUACCUCGAGCCCCAAAUGUUUACUCCAACGAAUUUACAUUCCAGCACUUGACAAGACCCUAAAUCCUCCAGGAAACACCACUCUUUUCUUUGAGCUCAGACUGGAGAACACCAACAAAGACAAGGGAGUCUACUACGAUCCAGUAAACGUAACAUUUUUUGACAACCCAAACAGGAAUCACUCUAUAGGGAAUUUCACCAUCGUAAAGUUUUAUCAAGGGCAUAAGAAGAAGGCAACGAAGGGCGGUGAUUUUAACGCCAGUGGACUUGACUUGGCAGCGGUUUCGCGGGAGAUUUCUAAUGGGUCAGCGAUUUUCCAGGUGGAUAUGGAGACUUCGGUGAGGUACAAGAUUAUGGCAUGGAAGACAAAGAGGCAUAGGAUCAUGGUGGGAGCCCGUGUGAAUAUCAGCGAUCAAGGAACUCAAGUCAAUCCCAAGAAGCGUAUAAAGCUGGGUUCAAGUGCAGAAAUGAUUGGGAGUUCUUACGGGAAAACAAUUGGGAGUUUGUCACUUUUUUUUUUCUUAAUUUAUGGUGAGUUUUAAUUAUUUUUUUUCUUUUCUGGAAUUUCCAAAAUUCGAGAUGCUUAUUAUUAUUAUUAUUAUUUCCUUGUGGGUAUAUUUGAAAAAUGCUGUUGUUAUUAACUGAUUGUUAGAGCAAAUUACAAAGGAAAAUUAGGAGUUUAUGGAGUUGAAAUUGGUAAAAAUGUGUUUAAGCAUUGCAUUUUAUUGAA